AUGGCCGACCAAGUCUCUGAAGCUCUCGAGGUGCCCCGGGAAUUCGUCAAGGAUGGAGUACAGUUCAUGACAAGGUGCCAGAAGCCUGAUCAGAAGGAGUUCCUCAAGAUCUCGCAAGCAGUUGGCGUCGGCUUCUUGAUCAUGGGCUUCGUCGGAUACAUCGUGAAGCUGAUACACAUUCCCCUCAACAACAUCCUUGUUGGCGGCGCAUAG